UAUAAAGUGACUACUCGUGUCCAUUUAGAGUGCAUAAAAUAGUGUGUGUGGUACAAAAAGCUAUAUACGGCGUGGCCUUCCUCCUAUUUCUAAACUUGUAAUAAAUUUGAAAAUGUGCAAGUAACAAAGUGCUAAAAAAAUUACCUUGGCUAGAAAAUAACAAAAAUAUAUAAACUUGACACUUUUCCUGCCAUUAUUAUUCUAUAUCUGUAGAUACAUUUCCAUUUUUCUGCCCAAUUAUGGAUUGAGCGACUCAUCCGUUAAAGUAUAAAUUUAGUCCCAAAACUAUGUAUCUCGAGCUUUGUAGGGACGAGUAAACGAGGUCAUAUAAAAAUCGAUUCAUAUAAAAUUUCAAGAUAUUUCCAGUUCCUAUGAAUUGAAAUUUAGCAAGCCAUGUUGUUUUUCCUACAUUUUGCACAACCAAUUCAUUAACUUUAUUGCACCCGAAGCAAGCGAGAUAUAAAUAUACUACACGGAUCAAAUGUCAAUCUCACGUCGUGAUGGAUAUGAAUGUAUGAUAUUUCAUACUCGAAAACCAACGCUACCAAACCAAGUUACAUAUACGAACAAAACCAGUUUGAGCUUCAACAACAUUAGAUAGUUUGUAACAAAUAGAUUUAAAUCAUCACCAAUCUAUUCAUUACAAUCAACGAAAGCAGUCGCAUUUGUCAGAUCUAGUCUAACCACAAAAAAGUGAAACUAUUUAUACACAAUAUUUCUCAAAAAUAAAUUUCAAAAAGUGUUUACGAAUUAGUGAAAAAUAAAAUACACGAGAGUUGGAAUAAUUACCAAAGCAAAGUGUGAAUCGCAAUUUUACUAGGAAGUUGGUGAGCUAGACAAAAUGAAUCAGCUUUUGCACGUGCAGCAGGGUUACGGACAUUUGUCAGAGAGUGCGAACAAUAACGAGAGCAGUAAUUCCAUCAAGCAAGGCUUGUACCAGGAAUAUUUGCAACAAUGCAGCCAACCCAAAAAGGAAGGAUCGAAUAUCCGCACAAAAUGCCUCAAUUUCUGCAAAUGUAACCCGUUAUCGUGGAUGUUUUCCCUGUUUCCUAUCCUCUCAUGGCUGCCAAAAUACAAUUUCCGAGAAGAUUUUAGCUACGACCUAAUCAGCGGAAUUACCGUCUGCGUGAUGCAAAUCCCACAAGGGAUGGCGUAUGCAAUGCUGGCGAGUGUUCAACCAGUCGUGGGGAUUUACAUGAGUCUGUUCCCCAUUAUAAUUUACUCCAUAAUGGGCACAUCUCGACACAUUUCCAUGGGGACUUUCGCAAUCACUUGCCUCAUGACUUCCAAAACGGUGCUCGAACUGCAUGCCAAAUAUGAUACGGUUACACACCCCGAGCUUAAUGACACCUCGUUGGGAACGGUCCCUUACGAAGUGGUGGACCACCAGGAAGAACAGCACUACAAGUAUACGCCAGAACAAAUUGCUACCAUUCUCAGCUUUGUUACUGGCAUUAUUCAGUUGUUGAUGGGGACAUUGAGACUGGGCUUUCUCUGCGUCAUCCUGAGCUCAGAUCUUGUUAGUGGCUUUACGUUGGGGUCAGCUAUUCACGUAUUAACAUCUCAAAUCAAAAGCUUGUUAGGUCUCUCUAUCCAACGAAGAACGGGGGUGUUUAAGAUACCUCUUACGUAUUAUGACAUUUUUUCCAACAUUGGGAACUCUAAUGUGACUGCCGUCAUAUUUUCUGUGAUAACUCUCUCCUGCCUCAUGAUUUACAACGAAGUACUCAAGCCUUUGAUUGCCAAGAAAAUUUCAAUUCCCAUUCCAAUUGAGUUGUUUGCUAUUGUGGGAGGAACGUUGGUAUCGAGAUAUUGGAUUACCUCGGAAGAAUAUGGCAUCCAAAUCGUUAAUCACAUUCCAACAGGGUUUCCUCCCCCAGCCUUGCCCCCACUUGAACUUGUGAAAGAUGUUCUUAUGGACAGCUUUAUCAUGGCAAUUGUGGCGUUUACUAUCAGCAUCAGCAUGGGCAAGAUCUUUGCAGCAAAACACGAAUACGAUGUGGAUUCCAAUCAAGAGUUGCUUGCGAACGGAGCCAGCAAUGUGUUUGGAAGUUUCUUUAGUUGCGCCCCAAUCUCAUGCUCUCUUUCUCGAAGUGUUAUCCAAGAGCAAGUUGGUGGUCGUAGUCAGUUGGCCGGCCUCGUUAGCUGUGUCAUUAUGGUUUUUGUACUUUUGUGGAUUGCACCCUUUUUCGAAACCUUACCUCAAUGCGUCUUGUCUUCAAUGAUUGUGGUGGCCCUGAGAGGGAUGCUUAUCCAGCUACGAGACGUCCCGGGAGCAUUUAGAGAGUCACUUCUCAACGCUGGCGUCUGGUCUGUCACAUUCCUUGCCACCGUUUUCCUUGAUAUUGAAUACGGCCUAGGAAUUGGCGUUAUUGCCGCAUUGCUUAACCUUAUUUGGAGAUCGAACCGACCCUACUGCGCCCUUGUCAGGGUGCACUCUGAUUCCUUGGAUGGUUCCAUUCUUGUCGAUGCGUCCUCACCCUCUGGCAAACAAAUUCCUGGAAUCCAAAUUGUCAAAUACACGGGUUCACUCAAUUUUGCAACGGUUGAGUAUUUUGGGAAAAAGUUGAAUUCAUUGGUUCCUCCAACGGAUAGAUUUGCUAGUCAGUCAUCUUUUCCACCAAAUAUCGGACAGUCAAAUAAGCAGAGAAAAGGUUCCAUCAUGGAGGGUGUUAUUGUGUCCACAAUUUCCGAAGAAGUCGAUCAUCAAUUAGAGUCCAGCAGCGAAUAUGACAAUAAUGAAUUUUCCAACUCUUCAGAACAAAUUUUCAAACCAGGCAAAGUUAGCAGUAGCCUUGCAGUCGAAAAACCUGAUGUCAACUGGCUAAUUUUGGACUUCUCCAGCGUAAGCUCCAUCGACCCCGCAGCCACCAAAUCGCUCAUCUCUCUCACAAAGCUAUACUUAAAGAAGGACGUCAACUUGAUAUUUGUGGGAUGUGCUCCAUCCAUAAUUCCCAUCCUGGACCAAGGCAAUCUCAUCAAGGUGGCGGGUGCGGAUCACUUCCACCCCACGGUCCCUGCAGCCCUCAGCUACCUUCGAAGAGGUCUCGUCGUCCGGAGGAGGAGCUCCCUCCGACCUCCGCUCGACAAUUCGUACAACACGACCUCCAGCCUCGGAAUUUCGAUGGACACGAGCUCUCAGGCCGCAGCCGCAGCGGAACAAGUCGUUGUUCAAGACGAUGGAGACUUUCAAGUCGUGGGUGAUACUACUGCUUAUUUCAGAAGACUGUCGAAAAAUACUUUAAGGUGAUGAUUGGAUCGCUUUACUUAAUUUAUAACUAGGUUUAUUUGUUACUUAUUGUUACCUAACUAAAUAAAUAAAUUUUGUCACAUGGUUAAUGCAAAAA